CACAGCUAGGAGCAGAACAUGGCAAAUACAUUUGUCACUGUACCAGAUGGGUAUUGUCUGCCUGAGCCCAUCCAGUAUUAUGAUGUUCUGCCAGAGCAUAUCAACUACCAGCUGCAGGACACUGAUUUUCAGACUGCUCCCUAUUGCCAAUACUCAACAGCUCAAAUUCCUCCUCCAGUAUUACAGUCCCAACCUUCCAACUCCCAGUACAGCACGUACAGCCUGGACUCUCAGUACAGUGAUGGGCAAUGUGUCAUCAGCAGCUGUGAAUUAAGCAAACCCCCUUUCAUAGCACCCCAUAUGGAUGAUGGUGGAUACCAAACAUUAAAACGGCCAAGAUUAAACCACUCUUCUUUGGGCCUGAAGGGACAGGAGGAGCUGUGUGUGGUGUGUGGUGACAAGGCCUCAGGUUAUCACUACAAUGCACUUACCUGUGAAGGCUGCAAAGGCUUCUUUCGACGCAGCAUAACCAAAAAUGCAGUGUAUCGAUGCAAGAAUGGUGGUCACUGUGAAAUGGACAUGUACAUGCGAAGGAAGUGUCAGGAAUGUCGCCUGAAGAAGUGUAAAGCUGUGGGAAUGCUAGCAGAAUGUUUGCUGACUGAAGUACAGUGCAAGUCAAAGCGGCUCAGAAAGAAUUUCAAACAGAAGAGCAGUUUUCUUUACAAUAUAAAGCUGGAAGAUGAGGGGCUGAAUAGUAAACAUGUAUCAUCUACAACAAGAGCUGGAAAAAUCCCAGAGAAGAUGGAACUCACUCCAAGGGAGCAUCAGCUUCUGGACCACAUUGUAGCAGCACACCAAAAAUACACAAUUCCCCUGGAGGAAGCAAAGAAGUUUCUACAGGAAACUGCAAGUCCUGAGGAAAGUUUUCUCCAUCUCUCCCAGACAGCAGUCAUCCAUGUACAAGUGCUAGUGGAUUUCACAAAAAGACUUCCAGGAUUUGAGAGUUUAGCUAGUGAAGAUCAGAUUGCACUGCUAAAAGGGUCAACAGUUGAGGCAAUGUUUUUGCGUUCAGCCCAAAUAUACAACCAAAGAAUCAGUGAAUGCCAACCAUCAACAAGUGAAAGUCACUUAAGGCUUUCUGAUCGUGCAACAUACUGUCACAUUCAAAACCUUGAUAGAAACAUUUACUCUAUGGAAAUGUCUCACAAUGAAGAAAGUCCAACUUCCACUACUACCACAGGUAUAACCGAGGAGUUUAUUACCGCGCUGUUUUACUUCUACAGAAGCAUGGGUGAACUGAACGUGACCGAGACCGAAUACGCCCUGCUCGUAGCAACGACGGUGUUCUUUUCAGACCGCCCGCUCCUGCGGAACAAGCGGCACGUCGAAGAGCUGCAGGAGCCGCUCCUGAGCCUCCUCUACAAGUACUCCAAGAUCCAUCAUCCUGAGGACCCCCAGCACUUCGCCCGCCUGAUCGGGCGCCUCACGGAACUGCGCACCCUCAACCAUACCCACGCGGAGGUGCUGGUGACACGAAGAACCCAGGACCCGCGGCUGGCCCCGCUGCUCUGCCCCAGCUGGGACCUGCCCUAG